AUGCUCAACGCACCCACCAUGUCGCACCCUCACACCCUCACCUCCACUUCUUCGUCAUCUACAGCGCUCGCGCCCUCCGACAAGGAAGACGAAAUCAGCCUCUCGCUCAGCGACGAGGACAUGCUCCUGUGCGACGAUGGCGAGGACGACGAUGGCUUCUCUGACGCUGGUACGAGCGGUGGUGGCAAAGGCGAUGGCGACCGCCAUGCAAACGGACGCAGUCGACGCUUGCUCUCAUCGGAGCAGUCCAAGGUGCUGUACAAGAUCCUUGGCAAGACGCAUUUUCCGUCCACACAGCUUCGCGAAGCCGCAGCGUCCCAGCUCGGCGUUGCGCCCCGCAAGGUCCAGGUGUGGUUCCAGAACCGUCGUCAAGUAGGCAAGAAGCGCAUGAUGGAAGCCGUCUCGGCGUUCCUCUCCACCACCUCCUCGGCCACGAUCUCUCUCGACAUGCUGCAAGACCAUCUCAGGCAGACGGGCAAGGGGCGUUUCUCACCCAACGAAGACGAGCGCACACGCGCAUGGAGGCGACACACGAUCCGCCUGGCGCUCAACCCGUCUGCACAAGAGGAGGAGGAACGCAAGGCUGCCUGCGGGAGCAGCAACUUUCACCAUCACCGUCAACGGUCGUUCGACGCACGACCGAUGCAGCACCCAGAGUACUACUCGCAGCCUCGUCCACACCAAGACCCGUACGCCGGCGGGGAGAGGGAGAGCCGGUACGCCUGGGACUCAUCGCGUCGACCCCUGGGUGCGAGCUUGCGCAUCAACGUGCCGCCUCCACCGCGCCCCGAAUCGUCGUCUGCCGCGACCCCAACGUACACGGGUCCAGGGAGCGCGAGGCAUCUCGAAACGCUGUCGCUUCAUCGGCCGCUCCUACCGCCAUUCACACCCGCAGCCGUACGCACCACCCUCGUUCCACCUGCCAUCUCCAGCCAGAAGGAAAGCCUCUCCCUCCCACCUCAGCAACGCUACCACUCUCACUCACGGGACUUCUUCCCAACACAGUUGCGCCGGGAUCGGAGCGCGACGCUCGCCCUGCCUCCUCCCACCUGGGAGCGGGAAGGCGGAAUGCGAGAGGUACGCAACACGCUUACGGCGGAAUGGCAUGCGAAACAACGUGCGCUUCUGUCCCGGCCCUACGUUGCGCAACCGUCGAGCUCGGCAGCGCGCGAUGAGGAGCGGCCGAUGUAUCACCCGGAGCCGCGAUCCCAUGUGCGCAACCGUUCGUCGACCGAUGCCCUUUUGCGCUUGCCGCCUCCCCCGGUGCCUUUCGCGAGAAGGGAGCGGUUUUCGCCAUACGCCUUUCGCCCGCCCCACACGCGGCCAGUGCAAGCAAGUGAAGACCUCUUCUCUGCACGCAGAGCGAGAAGUAUGACCACCCCACACCACCCCGCAUCGCCACCGAGAGACACGUCCACCGCGCGGGAGGAGAGCAGAAGCACCACCCCCACACCCACAGCGUGCGUCUCACCCAGGACGCCACACCGGCCCACGCAGGCGUUGCACGAGAGAAAGUGGAGCCCCAUGGACGUGCGUAGUCUCACCAGCGCCGUGGUGAGGUCUCCGGCGGAGAGGUGA